ACAAGCAGGAAACAGGAAAUGUUCACGUUUCAGGGAGGCUGAAGCCAGCGCAGCAUCGUGCGGGAGGGAGCGCCCAGGCCAGCUGACAUGAAGGCUCCCCGUGCUGCCCUCCUCUGUGCCCUGAUAAUCGCACUCUUCCUCACUGGCCGGGCUCAGGAGUCAGAACUGCCUUCUUCUGAGGCAGCAGAAGAGUCAGAAGGUGAGUCAACAGAUGUCACCCAGAAAGUGGAACCUACAGAUGAAGAUACUACUGUUAUAAGUACAGUUGCUGCACUGACCACAGAAACAGUAACUGAAUAUGAGAAUUAUACCAGCAUUGGUGAGGAGGAUACUCAGCUAGAGCUUAUACUGAUGGUGUUGAUCCCGUUGGUUGUCUUGGCACUCCUACUCUUAUCAGUGGUACUCAUUGUAAUCAACUAUAAAAGAAAAAAAGCUAAACAAGAGCUGCCUUCUAGCCAAGGAUCCCAGAGUGUUUUACAGACAUAUGAACUGGGAGGCGACAACCUGAAAGUCCCUAUUUUUGAGGAAGAUACACCCUCUGUUAUGGAAAUAGAGAUGGAAGAGCUUGAUAAAUGGAUGAGCAUGCAUAGAAAUGCCGACAGUGAAUGUUUACCUACUUUAAAAGAAGAAAAGGAAUCAAACCACAACCCAAGCGAUAAUGAAUCCUAAAACUGAAUGGUGCUAAUGUUCUCCAAGAGGAGCAGCCCGGGGGGAGCCCGCUGGGCCUGCCAACAGAGGAUGAAGAGGAUACAGGUUUAAUUAAUUUCAAAUCAACAUAGACACAAGAACCUCUGCUGCUUCUCCCAACGCCCACUCUUCCUAAGGAUGGCAUCACCUGUACUGGGAAGAAUGCGCUAUUGAGAAGUCCAAGGAACAGGCCUGGCUGACAUCCAUCGCUGAGGGUGCAGGAGCCAUAGGAUACAUUCGCUCUAAUCAAAGGGUGUUCCCUCCUCUCAGCCAACCUCUCAUGGAUUGCAUUUACUCUGGCCAUGCUCUCUGCGUCCUUGUUACCUUUCUGCUUCAUUCCUCAGGGUUUAAAUCAGGCAGCUGUUUUAUCUGUUUCCUUCUGGGUCACACUGUUACCUAAUUAGCUUUGGAUAAUUUCCUCUGAUUAGUCAAGUGGUAGGUCAACUGCAUUCAGCAGGAAGGUUUCUCAAGGCGAGUGUCUCACAGUCGGAGAAGACAGCAAACAAAGCAGGUGUUUUACUGUCUACACUAUCCCAGGAGGUUGGUAAACUGGCUUCUACCUGUCAGGAGGCUGCAGCGAGAGGCCACAGUCCUGAGGAGAUGUUGUUUGGUGACCUGUUGACCCACGUCAGCUAGAUCGAGUCACUCUUGGGAACUUCUCAGAAGCAUGGGAAUCUUCGAUGAAAGAGUAAACGUUGUCUUUCUCAGCUAAAAUCCCCUACUUUGUCCUCAAAGCUCUUUUUAACAAAAAAAAUAUAUAUUAUUGAUUUUUUUACAGAGAGGAAGGGAGAGGGAUAGAGAGCUAGAAACAUCGAUGAGAGAGAAACAUCAAUCAGCUGCCUCCUGCACACCCCCACUGGGGAUGUGCCCACAACCAAGGUACAUGCCCUUGACUGGAAUCGAACCUGGGAUCUUUCAGUCCGCAGGCCGACGCUCUAUCCACUGAGCCAAACCAGUCAGGGCCCAAAGCUCAUUUUUAUUCUCACUACAGCUCCCUUGCAUGUAGUAUAUAGGUAGGGAGAGGGGGUGGUGGGGUCAUCUGCCACCUUUGUAUGUCUCUGAGAUCUUUAAGGUCACUUGAAACAAGCAAAACAGGAAUAGCAAAUAUCUGUGGCCAAUGUCACUUAUCGCACUCGGUGUUGGGACACGCUUCAUGUCCUCUCAUCCCAGCUUUCCAGGAAGUCACUCUCAGCCUGUCAGAGAUGACAUUCUGCGUGAUUUCUACGUGGUAUUUGUUGACAUCCUCGCGCUAGAGUUAAUGGCACAAAAUGCAGAAGGGCCUGUUUAUCACUCCCACUCACGUACUAUCAAUCUCCAGUUAAUCCUUAAUUUUCAAAUUCUGACCUUUAAAGCAAUCUAGCAAAUGGGGAGUCCUCAGGUCAUCUACGCCACCUGAUAUUUUAUUCCAGGAAAGAAACAAAGAAUAAAAGCUUUGUUUAUUUUCCUGCUUCCCAUAUACACGGAGGGGAGAUAAGGUUCACCAAGCAUCUACUGCUGAAUCUGGGGCCUUGUGUUUGAAAGGCUGCGUUAACGCAUAACAAAACCCGGACCCUCCUCCCUGUCAGAAUCCCUUACCUAGUAUGUGCCUUCUGAACUAUGCCCUUACCUUUAAAGGCAGGCUUCCAAAUCAGGGAGGUCUUGCCCCACAGUGAACCAUAGAACUGUCUGGCUGUGUUUAACCACCGCUAUUCUGCUCUCCUGGCACUGCACAGAGCUCUGGCAAAAGACGGUCUUCGUGGUAUCUAACUUCAACAGAUUUAUCUGUCAUAUUCUCUUUGGGGCAUCCUAAUAUGGCAUUUUUUGUUUGUUUCCACUGCUGUUUUACAUAUUCAUGUUCAACUCGUGGUCCACAACUUGUGAUUCUCAGAUAGUAUGCCAAUAUUGCCACUUUCUGAACCACCAUUUCUGCCUAUUUUGGUUAUUUUCAGUCUGUUUCUCAUCAAUGUGUGACUCUCAGAAGAGUCUCAGUUCUUUCUCUAAGUAGCUAAGAUUUUUGCUCAACACUUUGACCUGUAAAUUUCACCCGACUCAAUCGGAUAAUGGACGUUAGAAGUUUUGAGAAGUAUAAGGGUCUUGGAAUCUUACUUUGAUGAGAUUCGAUGAAGCAAUAUUUUUAUGAUCUUUUAAAAAUAUUCUCAUUCACUAUUUAAAAUAACUUCAAAUUCUAGAAGAAGCCAACUUCAGCAACAUGCCAUUGAGUUUAUAUCUGAAAAAUGUACUAACCUCUAUAAUUGCACAGUGAAUAUGUUUAAAAAUAUAGUUAAUUCUGGCAAGAUAUAUGAAAUUAGUAUGGGUCAAACAGUCAAGGGUCAGUUCCAGCAUCCUGUGUCUUUUUUUAUUACCACCCAAUUAAUAGGUAUCAUAGGUUUAUGUCAAGAAAUGUCAAGAAAUUUUAAACCCAAAUUUAAUUUUAUAUUUCAGAUUAUUGUUUGUGAAAAUCUCAUUAAUUUGCCCCAACUGGGAAGCCAAUCAGAACAAAAUCUGACUAGAAUAUUUUAGAGAUAUAUAUUUUAUUGCAUUUUUGUACAUUUUAAGCACACUAGGUUAAUAACAUUGCCUUGUUGAACUCCUAAGGAAACUUGUUGGGUUUUGUUUGUUUGUUUGUUUUAGGAAACUUGUUGUGUUGUUUUUUUAAAAAUCCUCACUCGAGGAUAUUUUUCCAUUGAUUUUUAGAGUGAGUGGAGGAGAGAGGGAAAGACAGAGAAACAUCGAUGUGAGAGAAACACAUCGAUCGGUUGCCUCCUGCAUGAACCCCGACCAGCGCCCGCAACUGAGAUACACGCCCUUGACCAGAAUCAAACCUGGGACCAUUCGGGCCCAGGCCGAACCUCCAUCCACUUAGCCAAACUGGCCAGGGCAGGAAACUUAUUUUAAUAAGUAUGUAAAAGUGUCUACCUUCACCCAGUGAUGUGACUUCUCUAAGAAGGUCAUUGUCAUUCCAAACACGAGCACACAGCAUUGGAUCAACCUUGACAUCCAUGGAGUGACAGAUGCUUCCACUGACACCCUCACAGCUCUAGCAAUGGAAACAGGUGCUUUAAAAAAUACUUUUACCAACUCAUUUAUUUUGGUUGUUUAAACUAUCAGUUUUCACCAGUUCAGAAAGAAGGCCCUUUGUUGAGUAAACAUAGAAACUGUGGUUUCAACUUCUGUCGGGAUUAGUACAAAUUCUGAAUAUAUUGGAGUGAUAAGACAUGGUUUUACACUGGGAAGACACUGCUAAAAUUCUCAGUGUGGGUAAAAGAUUGAAUUAAAAAAAAAAUUUAUAUUACACAUGGCACUUUUUCACACUCAGAAGACACUCUGGGUGAAUUCUGGGGUUUCCAUUUAGCAUCUAUUGUAGACAGUCCAGAGUAGCUUCACUCAUAGAUUACAUUAUUUGGAUCUUACAAUAACCAGAAGAGUCACUGUAUAUUAGUGAGCAAUGGAAUUAGUCAAAUUGGUUAUUAAUAGUGUCAUAACCAAAUGACCUAUUAUUGUUAUUAUUAUUUUGAGCAGUUCUUUGACUUUGCCUUUGUCUGAUCUAGCACCAAAAUUUUAUUUUCCUCUUAGUCCUUUCGAAGGUGGUUAUUUGUAGAUACCUGGUGGCUUUUUUUGUUUCGUUUGUUUUUUGCCCUGUUACCUUUUAUAAAUAAUAUGUUCAUGAGAUAGCAAUCCAUACAAUUAUAUAAAAUAAAACUUUUUUUUACCAACUCCA